UAUAAACAAAAACAGAUAAAUUACAGUGGUAUAACCAAAAUCCAAAAUGUUGAUGUGUUCAAGAGGUCUCGUAAAGAAUCAUGUGCUGGUGAAUGUUAUGAAAUUAUAUCAAUGAAAUAAGAAAUCAAAAUUUAAUAAAUGUGACAUAAAAAUAUAAAAGAAAUCAUCUCAGAAAUAUUAAUAUGGCAGAAAUAAAAGAACUUAUUCCUAUGAAUGGACAACACCAGUAUACUUGCCAAUUUGAGAUAUCCAUUUACGAAGUUGAGUUGGAUAAUAAUCUCAUAAAUUAUCUGAACUGAUGUUUCAGACAAAUAGAACAGUCUCCGGAGGUGUUUGUGGAAUGGAGUUUCCUUGGCAUGGAACAAAGGACAAUACCUAUGCCUGCCAAUAAAGCAUUUUUUCAAACAAGGGUUUGCUUUUUUGGCCCAUUCUCAGAGAAAAUGGCUGACUAUGUGAAGAAAAAUACCAUGUCAAUUCAUCUGAAGCUGAAUAAAUCUGAUGGAAAAGUUGUUGAGUUGGGCGAAGGUCAUUUAGAUUUAUCUCCAGCCAUCCAACAGCCAAAUACAGGAUUUGUGCGCUGUGUGGCGUUGUCAGUAGACGAAGGGAUGGCCAUUGCAUACUGCUCCUUCAAGCUUUACAACUGCUGUCAGGCUAAAACAUUGGUAGCAGACACUUUGGAGGUGCAUAUUGGUCAUGUGAUCUUGAAGAACAGUGAUGUCACGUCUGAUGUAGAGGGCUGUCACCUCUACGUUGAAUAUUCUCUCUUGGUUUUGUUUCUAGGACACUGUGGACCAGAACUAGAAACGGAUAGUGUGCCUAAAGCAGAAGUAAUGCGAUUUAACCAUUCACGGCGCCUGAAAGUUAUGGAAAAAAACGCCAACCACCUGAAACCAAUGUUGGAUCCUCAACAUCCACAGAAUCUGCGGUUCUUCCUGCUCUCGGAACCAUGUAACCUCAGUGAAGAAACUGAUGUUAAAGUAAUUGGAUUUGCGGAUCUGAACCUAAUGGAUGAGUUGGUGAAAAAGAAGAGAGAUGUAAUCAGUGAACCCCUUCCUCUUUACAACAACGACGGAAGACUCCUGGGCAGCUUGAGUGUGACAGUCAUCGGCAACUCUACUCUUCAGAACUACACAGAUAAACAAUAUCAAGCAUGAUCUAAAACUGUGUAACAUAGUAAUCUUUUCCUUCUGUACAGUUUCAUCUAAAGUAGACUCAAUUUGUAUGAUUUUUAAACUUUGUAUAAAUUUUAUUUCUAUGACGAUAACAUUGUUUUACAUUACUAUUUAUAUUUCAGAACUGAAGUAUUAGAAAACAUUGACUUCUCCUACUACAAUGUGUCCAGAUAAUAUGCUAAUCAAAAGACUGAAAUAUUGUUUCAGCGUGUGGAAAAAUACAACAGACAUUAAAAGGUUUAUAGUUUCCUC